UUCUUCUUCUUAUCCGUCGUCGUUUUGAUCUUCUUCUUCUUCUUGAUUGCGCCAUGUCUGAUGAAUUCAGAGAGCUUUUUUUUUCGAACCCUUUUCGAGAUCAUGGUGGGAUGGAUUAUACGGAGGGGAUGGACUACGAUUCUCUAGCGAGAGCCUUUGGGUUGGAUUCUGAUCAAGCCAUUGAUAAUAUUGAAUCGCCCCACCAGCGCCUAGGCGCCGGUGGUAAUAGCAACAGUAACGAAAUUUCGGGGACUCCCAUGAAUUCUUCUGGUUCGUUUUCCUCUUCUGAGGAGGAUGAUUCUGGAAAGAGUGGGAAAGAGAAGACUGAUCACCAGAUUUCCAAAGAAAUGGAAGAAGAUCAUAAUUAUGGAGGAGGAGAGAGCUCUAAGGCUGCGACGAAAUCAAAGAAGAAGGGAGAGAAGAAGGAGAGAGAGCCGAGAUUUGCUUUCAUGACAAAGAGCGAGGUGGAUCAUUUGGAGGAUGGAUAUAGAUGGAGAAAAUAUGGACAAAAAGCUGUCAAGAACAGCGCUUAUCCCAGAAGCUAUUACAGAUGCACGACUCAGAAAUGUGGGGUGAAGAAACGAGUGGAGAGAUCAUUUGAAGAUCCAUCUAUUGUGAUUACGACGUACGAAGGACAACACAACCACCCAAUUCCGGCGACGUUAAGGGGAAACCUGUCGGUUGCCUCCGCGUUUCCGCCGUCCAUGCUGACGCCAAUGCCGGUGGUCGGUGCUGCCAGGUUUCUUCCAGAUCAACUAUUGUUGAGUAAUAAUAAUAAUGCUUCUGCAGGCCAUAACCACGUCGCCGGCGCCGCCGCGUCCGCUUAUUCACAAAGCAGCCUCGGCUAUUCUUAUGGCGGCCGGCAGCCGGAGUAUGGGCUUCUGCAGGACAUUUUUCCGGCUCCGUCGUCGUCGUUCUUUAACCGGCAGCCGUGAGAAAGGCCUUUGUUUUGUUUUUUUUUUUCUCUCUUUUUUUUUACAUAAAAGAGAUUUUGAUCACAAUUUCUCCCUCUCCUUCUCUCAUAUAUAGUAAUAUACUGUAGAUAUGCUUGUUGGAUUUUUUGUUUCUUUUUUUCUUUUUUUCGAAUUAGAUAUCGUUGUUGGAAACUUGGAUAGACUAUAGACAAUCUUUUGCGUACAUUUUAUACUAUACAACUAG